GGUCAGUCUCUCCACCCUUUUCCACAAUCCCAAACAUUUCACCAUGUACUGUAAUUAUCAACCUGCUAUCAACUGUUUUUUAUAUAUGUAUUCAUAUACAGUACUGUGUCUUAGGCAUCCUAGAUUUAUUAUAUACAUGUUUAUUUUUUGUGUGUGUUAGUAUAAAAGAAGACAUUUGAGAUUUCCAAAAGAUUUUAUUUUACAGAGACAUUUUUGCAUUUAAUUGAAAAAAAGUAACAUAUUACUGUAAGCAACUGACUACUUUUUACAUAAAAACUUGAUCAAGGCUGUCUGAGAUCAGAAGCAAGGAGCCAACCAAAGUCUGCAGAAGAACUAUGGCAAGUUCUUCAACAUGCUUGGAACAACCUCCCUGCUGAUUGUCUUAGCCAACGCUGUCCUGCAGUUCUAUAUCAUAGAGAAGUGAUGCAGUUUUAACGCCGAAGGGUGGUCACAAAAAAUAUUGAUUUGAUUCAGUUUUUAACUACUCUGCCAAAUUACCUAAAUGUAAUGUAAAAGGUACAGUACGUUUAUUUAGGACCUUUCAUUGAAUUAUUUUUGAAAGAAUCUUAUCUGGACAGAGUGUUAUACAGGUGCUUAAGACUUUUGCACAGUACUGCAUAUGUAACAAUAUUAUAUAUAUCAGUUGAUACAGGUUUGAUAAGUACACUUCCCACGUGCUUAAAUGUUUUGAGGUGGGAUGGUGGAAAGGGGUGGAGACUGGGUAACCCUAUCUGACCUUAUGGGGCGCAACACCCAGAGAAGCGGCAUUCGCUCAGGGAUUGGAGGGAAAAGAGGGAGCGAUGGCGUCCAGACACUGCGACCUGGAGGACGAGCUCAGCUGCCCCAUGUGUGGAUACAUCCUGCGGGAGCCCGUGGUGCUCUCCUGCAGGCACCGCUUCUGCAAGGUCUGCCUGGAGGGCAGCUGGGGCUCCAACGGGGAGUGCCGGGACUGCCCUCUGUGCUACCGGCGCUCCUCCCUGGAGCAGCUCCUGGUCAGCCCCGUCCUGGAGAGAGCAUGCGAGACGUUCCGUGUGGAGAAGAGGCAGCGGGACCCCCUGGCCUGCGGGGAGCACGGCGAGCGUCUCACACUGUUCUGCCUGGAUGAGCUGCUCCCCGUCUGUGACAUCUGCCGCUCCUCCCCAAACCACAGGACCCACAAUCUGUACUCCCUCGAGGACGCUGCGCAGGACUGCAAGGAGGAACUCAAGAAUGCGCUGAUACCCGUGCAGGAAAACCUGAACCUGUUUCAGAAAGCUAAGCUCAACUGUGAUCAAAUGGCAGAGCACAUUAAGGGCCAGGCCAUGCAUGCAGAGACACAGAUACAGGAAGAGUUUGAGAAGCUCCACCAGUUCCUGCGAGAGGAAGAGGAGGCUCGGCUUGCCAUCCUGAAGGAGGAAGAGGAGCAGAAGAGUGAGAUGAUUAAAGAAAAGAUUGGAGGAAUGGAUGGAGAGAUCAGUUACAUAUCAGACUCCAUCAGAGCCAUAAAGCAGGAGAUGAGAUCUGAAGACAUUGCAUUCCUGCAGAACUACAGGGCCACUAUAAAGAGAACCUGGAGUACACUGAAGGAUCCAGAGGUUGUUUCAGGAGCACUGAUCGACGUGGCCAAACACCUGGGCAACUUGAAGUACAAUAUCUGGGAGAAGAUGCGAGAAGUUGUUCGAUACACUCCAGUGACAGUGGACCCCAACACUGCAGCGAGCUGCUUCCUGGUGUCAGAUGACCUAACAGUGGUCCAGUGCUGCAAGGAGAGGUUUGAUCUCCCUGACAACCUGGAGCGGUUUGACAUCAGUGCGGAGAUGCUGGGCUCCGAGGGAUUUGGGUCAGGGCGCCACAGCUGGGAGGUGGAUGUGAGGGACAACACCUACUGGGUCAUCGGCGUAGCCAAGGACUCCAUCAACAGGAAGGGAAAGCACGUGCUGACACCGGCUGAGGGCUUCUGGACCAUUCGGCUGCGCAACGGGGAGUACAAGGCCUGUUCGGCACCCUGGACCUCGCUGAACAUGACCCGCGAGCCAGAGGUGAUCAGGGUCACGCUGGACAUGGACAGGGCGAAGGUCACCUUCCAUGACCCCAGGGUGAGGACGCCCCUCUACACCUUCACGGACAUCCUGAGCCCUCGGGUUCUCCCCUACUUCUGCACCGCCUGCAAGCUCUACCCCAUCACGGUCCUGCCCAGACGGCUGUCAGUCACACCCGAGAACUACCACGGGUGAAACCUCCCUGCCCAAACGCCAUCCAACUCAAGAGCUUCCUCCUCCCUCCUCCCGUCCCAGUGUGACCAGAAAACCCAGUAGCAGUCCGUUCAGUAUAGCCGUGUGCAGGACAGUGACAAAACCUGUCCGAAGCUGCUCCUACGUGAAUGAAGUUGAGUCAAUUAGCAUGAUAUCUAGUGUUAAAAUAGACGUGAAGAGGUGAAAUGCAUACUGAGCCCAGUUUGUAGACCCAUCGCUUUGAUAUGAGCACUGAGAAUGUCACUCAUAUACUGUACAGGGAGGCUCACAAGCUCCAGUAGUGAGUAGGAACCUUUUUAAAAAAUAAAAAUAAAAAAAUAAAACUGAAAACUGUUAAAUUCAUUAAUGUCAAUUGUAUUUUUCAAACGGGAAGCCAAGAGAUUGUGUCGAUUACGAGACACACUAGAAGAGAAUCAAACUCAAAGUCUAGAAAUAGAAUUCCAUCCUCAGCAAGGGUCACCGACAACGCGCUCUCAGGAACUGGCUUCAGUCGCUUUCCUUCAGAUCGAAGGAAAAGCUCCACAAUUGACAUAUUAUCAACGCUUCAACCAGCCUUUCUCCUUCUCCUGCCCCUGUUGGCUUGACUUCAUAUAAAGCAUUUCAUUUGUGCUUCUCAAUUGUACUACUGCACUCUUCCAUAACAUAUUAAAACACAACAUACCUUCAACACCCCAACACAUGUAGACACAAUAUAUAAGCAGCAAACAAUAAGAGCGCUUACACUGCAUUUCUGGGGGGUGGACAGCGCUCUGCUCACAACAUGAAUAAAAAAAAUAAAAAAACCUUUAUUUUCAA